AGCAUGUGGGCUGCUUAUGUCGUGCACCAGCUGAAGAACAAUUCCAUCCGCGCGUUCCUGGCUGGCGAAAUCACUUACUCCGGCGCCGGCGACGUCCUCGUGCCAGACUGCGCGAACGACGUCGACUGCAGCGUCGACGUCUGGGACACAUUGAUGCUGGACCAUCCCGUCUUGGACCCUGGCCACGUUCGCGAUCACGUGGCGCUCGUCGUGGCGGAAGAGCAGAUGAGGGCGGUCGCGGCCGCUGCGGCGGAAAAGCAGACGGGGGCAGGCACGGGUGAUUUCCCUGCGCUCGCGAACGGUGAGAAAGGAUCUCUCUUCGUCGAGGCCGUGGAGCGCGGUGAGCUCCACCUGUGCCUCGCGACCGCGGGCGCUGACGAGCAGCCGCUCCUGCGACUGCAGCGCGGAACGUCAAUCCGCGGACGGGUAUUCGUUUGCAUCGGCGAAUACGUUGGCGCCGAGGCAAAUGCUAUCUCAGCCUUGAAGCGCAGCCUCCGCACAGAUCCGUCGCCGUGCUGCAGGUCGCUGCUGCCGGAGCACGGCGCGGCCCGCGCUGGCGGCCAGCGCGGGCCCAGUGUCUUCGAGCAGAUGAGCCCCGAGGAGAUCCGUGAGCAGUCCGUGAACAUAGGUAAGAAGUUCACGGACGCGCAGAUGCAGUUCAUCAGCCGCGCACUUGACCGAGAAGACGGCGCUGCCUUGUGCGAGGCCUACCCGGGCACCGGCAAAUCAGCGACGGCGGCGGGCAUCAUUGCCAACGCUGCGAAGCAUUGCUCUGGCAAGGCCAAGUGCGUGGCCCUGGCCCAGCAGCGUUCCAUGCGCGACGAGCUGCUGUCCAACGUCCGCUCCGCGCUGGGCGACCCGCUGGCCGCUGCCGGCGUGGGGCGACCCGCAGACGAAGCCCCGUCAGACGACGAAGGUUAUCUGGACUCGCAAGUGUUAUCGGCAGUGAGCGGGCGAUUUACCGGCCUGCAGAUGCGCAUCGAGGAAUUGCGCAACGACCUGGCCGCCGUCCGCUGCAACCCGGACGCAGGCGCGCUCGAGCGGAGGGAGCGGUUGGAGAAGACGGAGCUGAUGCGGCACCCGCGUUUCGAAUACGACGUCCUCCAGGAGGAAGCUGCGGAAAAGCUAUUCCACGAUGUGCGCGUGUUCGCGAUGACCAUCGACGCUUUCAACAACGUCCAGAGCGGCCGCAGCUGGUUGUCCAAGAUUUUCAAGCGGUUCGAGAUUGCGUUCGUCGUCAUCGACGAGGUUCAUCAGGCCAACUUCGGCGAAGUGCACGCCGCUCUGCACUCCGCGCCUGGCGCAGUCGUGCACUUCGACUCCGCCCAGGAGAUCCGCCACCGACCUGCGACGGAGUUCUUGCGAGAGCCGAGACCCGACAGAGGAGGCAAUUACUACGAGUGGCAGAUGGCCUGCCACGGCAAGCCCCGCGUGCGUGCUUGGGGCCAUGUUCCCGCGGACAGCGCCUCCUCCUUGCCAGUCUCCCAUCGGUUCGGCCCUUCGACUGCCAAGCUCCUCAGGGCAACCUCAGCUGUCUACGGUCGGCGUGGCCGGGAAAUCAAGUGCGCUAUCGAGUGCGCCUGGGAGAGCGCGCGCCCGUCCGUGGACUUGUCCACUGCCCCGUACACUGCGAUGCGCUUCGUGCUCUACAGUGGCGCGCGGUGGAUUCCGUCGCUAUCCCGCGGCGUGCUCGCCGACGAUGCCGCGGAGGUAGGCCGGAUUGAUCGCGCGGCUCCAGGUUCGUCUGCCGCGGUAGCGGCGAGGUCGCAAACGCCGACGUUGCGCGCCGGGGCCUCCGACAUCAUUUUUCCCCAGAUGUUGUUCGAGGGCUUGUUCUUCCUGCGCGUGCUGGCGAGAGGCGAGGUGAGCAGGCGCGUCGGCGGGCCGCCCAUGGCGCUGGAGUCGACCACGAAGGCAAUCUUGACGAUGAUCCUUGCGAACGAUGUGGGCGUAAACUUCGCCACGUUAGUGCGGGGCGCCCUGGAAGACGAUGAAGCGCGGGCGGCGUUCGGUCUGCCGGACUUCGUCGCUGAUGCCCCCAAGCUCUGGCGCGUGAUGACGCCCGAGGCUGCCGUGGGCUCCGACGGCCUCCUCUCGCAGACUACGCUAUUUCCCAGGGACCUCUCCGCGCGCGAUCUGCGGCGCCAUGCCAAGGAGCCCAACCGACACAACGUGUCCUUCUCCAGGUGUAUUCUUUUCGCUUCGUCUCACGAGUGCGAGGAAUGCUUCUACGACCGCGACGCCGCCCCUCACUGGCGAAGGCAUCAGGAUUACAUCUCAGGCGCAGGCGGCGACGUGGACAUCGAGAAGAUCGACUGCCGCGGGCCCGGUGCGGAGGAGGCUACGCGGCCGGAGUGGUUCACGUCGCCAAGCGGAGCGGCGGGGGCAGCUGAUAUGUUCCGCGUCGCCACGACCUCCCUGUCCCCCAUCCCACGCGUGGUCGCGAAGCUCCGCGACCAGCAGGCACGCGCGCCGGUGCGCUCGCUGUCGGCGCAGGCCAUAUCCAUCGCGCAAGCCGUCGGAGACGCCUGCGAGUGGAUGAUGGACAGGGGCGCUCUGCCGACGGCCGCUCGUGAGCGAGCUUCGCAGGUGAACCCCUUUCGGACUUCCUCGCGGGUGAGCCAGCCCGACAUGCGCGGCCUCGCGUCGGACCCGACUGCGCUGCACGCAGUUCGCAGCCAACUUCUCAAGCGCUUGGGGAUUGUGGUGCAGAACGGCCGAGCAGCGAUCACGGCAAUGCACGUGGACGCCACGCGGGCGCAGGACGACGAAGCAUCUCCUCACGGUGACACUGUGGAGCGCGCGAUAGCCGCAGGGCGUGUGAUCGCGUUGCAUGCGGCCCAGCUCUUCCCCGACGUUUUCGCGGCGGAGUUCCCCCUGCGAGCGUCGCUCAUGCCCAGGAAGAGGCUGCGCCUAGGCGGCGUCGUGCUGCGAGAGUGCUGGGAGGCCCGCGCCGCUUUAGCACUGGCGUUGCAGCGCCCUGGUCACGACGAUCCGAGGAUGCUCAUGUACCAGUUCCUGGGGGAGAACAAACAGCGCAACCAGGCAUCAGCGAACCCCCCCACGUUUCCCUUGCACUUCCGCGACAUGCCCGUCAACGUGGGCCAGGCCUUGGCAGCGACAGUGCUUUUUUUCACGGGCGGAGAGGUCUCGGAGAAGAUGGUGGUCGUUCGCUCGCGAGCACCGACGCCUGAGCAUCGUAGGGAGGCCGCGGACACGCGUCGGGAUAUCAUAUACGCAGUGAACGCAUUGUCUGCAAUUCUUCGCAGGAGGCACGGCUCCCCGGCCGACGUGCAUUUGCCGCGCGUGCCCAACUCUGCGCGCGCCGAUGCCGCGCGAAAGUGCGCGGAGGAAGCGUUCGAAUGCAUCCUCUGCUCGAACACGGGCGUGCUGGAAUACUUUUCGAGGCACGGCACCCAGAUCAGGGACUUCUGCCCGCUUUGCGAGACAUGCAUCCUGUGCAGCGGGAGCGGCCUCUGGCCCGACGAUGCGACGCCGUGCCCUGCGUGCGCAGUCUAG